UCUCGGCGGAAGUUGCCGGGACGCGGAAGUGCGGGCCUCUGUGCUGCAUUUACCGGAGGCCUCAGGGUGAGGAUGGCCCUAAAGGGGAAGGACAAAAGGAGGAAAGAGGAGAGUGCCGCGGCGGGGCGAGUGGCUCGGGCGGGUGACCGGCGCCGCGGUGUCGCGGAACCUCAGGCGUCGGUCUCUGGGCGGAGCCCGGACGGCGGCGGCGGCGGCGGGAGGCCUGCGAAGGCUGACUACCUGGUGGGACAGGUGGCCGACAGCUUGGCCCGCAGCGGGCGGCGCUCUGGAGGCGGCACCGGUCGGCUGGCGGCGCUCUUCAGCAGCGGAGAGUCGCAGCUCCAACCCCUUUACGUGCCCGUGCCUCCUGAAACCACCAAGAAAAGGAAGCGGGAUGAGAAGGAAGAAAGUGCAUCCCAGAUUCCAAGGCCACUUUUGCAAGAACCUGCAAAAAAGGCGAAGGUGAAGAAACUUUCUGAUGCAGACAAACAAUUGGCCUACAGAGAAAAUGCUUUAGCAAGUGCUGAUUUAGAAGAAGAAACUCACCAGAAACAAGGGCAGAAAAGGAAAAUGUCUCAGCCUGGUGUUCAAGUAGCAGAUGCAAAAGUACUUGAUGAUGUAGAUCACCCAGCUGUCAGUCAAAGGAAGAAAAUUCCAAUCAACCCAGAAGAAGAGAGGUUAAAGAAUGAGAGAACUGUGUUUGUGGGGAAUUUGCCCGUCACAUGUAAUAAGAAGAAACUGAAGUCGUUUUUUAAAGAGUAUGGACCAAUAGAAUCUGUACGAUUUCGUUCUGUGAUUCCAGCAGAGGGAACUAUGUCCAAAAAGUUGGCUGUAAUCAAACGUAAAAUUCACCCCGAUCAGAAAAAUAUCAAUGCUUAUGUUGUAUUUAAGGAUGAAAGAGCUGCUACUAAAGCAUUGAACAGAAACGGAGCCCAAAUUGCCGACGGAUUCCGUAUUCGAGUAGACCUCGCGUCAGAGACCUCGUCUAGGGACAAGAGAUCAGUGUUUGUGGGGAAUCUUCCAUAUAGAGUUGAAGAGUCUGCGGUUGAGGGCCACUUUUUGGACUGUGGGAACAUCGUGGCAGUGAGGAUCGUGAGAGACCCGCUGACAGGUGUUGGCAGAGGCUUUGGCUACGUGCUCUUCGAGAAUACAGAUGCUGUUCAUCUUGCUCUGAAGUUAAAUAAUUCUGAACUGAUGGGAAGAAAACUCCGAGUCAUGCGUUCUGUUAAUAAAGAAAAACUAAAACAAAAUUCAAAUCCCAAUUUGAAGAAUGCCAGUAAACCUAAGAAGGGAUUUAAUUUUGCUUCAAAAAAUGUAGGACAUUCUAAAAGUUUAUUUGUUGGAGAAAAAGCUGUUCUUGUCAAGAAGAAAAAGAAAGGACAGAAGAAAAGUGGACGAACUAAGAAACAGAAAAAACAGAAGUAGCCAUCUGAAUUGUUUUUUCCUACUGAGUACUAUUAAUAAAAGUGUGGUGAACCCGUG